GAUAUGAACGAGUACACGUCCGUGACAUUUAUCCAGCAGGAAUCAAACAAUAGUUUGUCACAGACAUAAUCACGUGUCGGAGGCUCACCAUUGCCGACAAAUCUCAGCCGAGCCCAGUAUUGUCCAUGUUUGGAGGCAUAUGGAGGCGUCUUGCCAAGAGGAGCCAUGCUGACUCACUGCCCAGCCGGGCGUGAGGCACGCGAGGUAGAGGGAGAGAUCAUUCGCGGCCACUCAUUUUCAGACGCUCUCGGGACAAAGUCGGGACAAAGAGCCGGGUUAGAGACAUCUCAGAGCCGGUCCCACAGUUUAAGAGCAGCGAGUCACUUCACAGUACCCCGUCGUUCUCCUGAGCAAAGACAGAAGAAGUCAUGGCAAGAACCAAGCAGACCGCUCGUAAAUCCACCGGAGGCAAAGCCCCGAGGAAGCAGCUGGCCACCAAGGCUGCCCGUAAGAGCGCCCCGGCCACCGGCGGCGUGAAGAAGCCUCACCGUUACAGGCCCGGUACCGUGGCUCCGAGAGAGAUCCGUCGCUACCAGAAAUCCACGGAGCUGCUCAUCCGCAAGCUGCCCUUCCAGCGCCUGGUCCGAGAAAUCGCUCAGGAUUUCAAGACCGACCUGCGCUUCCAGAGCUCCGCUGUCAUGGCUCUGCAGGAGUCCAGUGAGGCUUACCUGGUGGGCCUGUUUGAGGACACCAACCUGUGCGCCAUCCACGCCAAGAGAGUCACCAUCAUGCCCAAAGACAUCCAGCUGGCCCGUCGCAUCCGCGGAGAGAGAGCUUAAACUCUCUGCUGCUGCUCCACAAACCACAACGGCUCUUUUAAGAGCCACCUCACUCCUCACUCAAGAGCUCACUCCUCU